AUGUCUUCUACAGAAUCCGACGCUUCGGCGUCGGCGUCGGAAACAGGCACAGCGACGGAAGGCACAGCUUCAAUUACCAGUUCAAUAGUCAGCUCAUUGCUAUCCUCCGCAUUUUCUACCCCAGGGCCUACGACGACAUCAUCUCUAGGGCCUACGACAACAGAUUCGGGCCCUCUUCCCUCCCAAAGUAGCGCUGCAGACAAGGACAAAGGUAUCGGCAUCGUCAGUUUCCUAACAGCUGUGGGAGUGGCCGUUGCCAUUUUCGCUGUGCAGAUCCUCCUUUUUCUCAUUCUAAGGAACAAGCUGGCCCGCAUCUUCAAACCCAAGACCUACCUCGUGCCCGAGCGUGAACGAACCGAAUCGCCCCCGAACAAGCCACUUGCGAUGUUAAAGACGUUAUGGCACUACGGAGACCGUGAGGUCAUCGAAAAGUGCGGUCUCGAUGCCUAUUUCUUCCUCCGCUACCUCAAGACUCUUCUCAUCAUCUUCCUGCCUAUCGGAGCUGUUGUCAUGCCUAUUCUGAUCCCCUUGAAUUAUGUGGGCGGCCUUGGUCAAAAAGUCGAUGUGACAGACGAUGACGAUGAGACCGACGGGACACCGACAGGUCUCGACACGCUUUCGUGGGGCAACGUCGCCCCCAAGAACUCGGGUCGAUAUGGAGCACAUCUCCUUAUGGCUAUCCUGGUAGUUAUCUGGGUAUGCACGGUAUUCUUCUUCGAGCUUCGGGUAUACAUCAAGGUUCGACAGGAUUGGCUUACAAGCGCCGAGCAUCGCCUGCGAGCUUCUGCUACUACUGUUCUUGUCAAUUCCAUUCCUUCGAAAUGGCUCAGUGAAGAAGCCCUGAUGGGUCUCUUUGAUGUCUUCCCUGGAGGUAUCCGAAAUAUCUGGCUAAACCGGGACUUGUCAACACUACUGGAAAAGGUCAAGGAACGAAACAAUAUUCAUCUCCAACUUGAGCAAGCUCAGACAGAUCUCAUUAAAGACGCCAAAAAAGCACAGCUCAAGCAACAAAAGGCCGAAGAAAAGAAACGACGAAAAGAGUUGAAGCUGAAAGCCAUGACUAAGCAGGAAAGGGCUGAUAAGAAUGCCCGCGAAGACGCAGAGGCUCAACGGCGGGCACAAGAUGGUCCCGGCACUGCUGCGGGCGAUCAACACAACGUACCUCAUAGCGUCGAUGCUGGGGUCCGUGAAUCACAACUCGAGCCCUUUAACCAUGAUUCAGAGGACCUUCAUGGGCAUGACUACAAGAAGAAGGGGUUCAAAGUGCCCCUUCUUGGCGACCCACUCGCCAAGGUUGGACAUGGCAUUCUGGGUGUUGUGUCAAAAGCUGGCAACAACGUAGACGAAACGAUAGAGACGACAAACGGAUUUGUGGGACUAUCACAGGCUACACACUCUAGGAAUGUGUCUAGGACCUCGAACCGAGGACCUGAACGACCUUCGGUGGACGACGAUGAGCUCAACUCUCCAUCAGACACCCUCCGUGUACAGAACCAGUCGCAAAAUAGUAUGCGACGUUCCGGCGAAAGCACGGCUGCGAUAAAUCCCAAAACAAACCGCGUUGGUAAUGUCGGCAACACGGUUCGAAAGAUUGAGGAUAUAGACGAGAUCUAUAGCAAAGACGAUGCUGAAUGGUGGCAGUUCUGGAAGCCACCUCCCGGUGCUUAUGCCUCGCCAGUUCCCCAGGGAGACGUCUCAGAGGCAUUCAAGCAGAAAAAGACAAACGAAAGCAAGCCUCUUUGGAAGAGAAUCAAAUACGCUCUCCCUUUCGUGGGCCCAGAAAUCGAAGCUGAACCCUUGGAUUAUCCUACAGCCUACAACACCGAGUACGACGAAGCUGCGGAACCUGCAGAGUGGGAGAAAUAUCUUAAGAAGAAAGAUCGCCCGACUCACCGUCUUCCCCUCUUUGGAAAGUCAUGGCUGUUCCCGAUACCGUUUGUUACGCAAAAGGUCGACACAAUUUAUUGGUGUCGUGAACAACUGGCUCGUCUCAACUUGGAGAUUGAAAUGGAUCAGCAACAUCCCGAACGAUUCCCUCUCAUGAACUCGGCCUUUAUCCAAUUCAACCAUCAAGUUUCAGCUCAUAUGGCUUGUCAGAGUGUUAUCCAUCACGUACCCAGGCAGAUGGCCCCGCGAAUAAACGAAAUUUCACCCAAGGAUGUUGAUUGGGAUAACAUGGCGUUCAGCUGGUGGCAAGAGUGGCUGCGCUCGGGAUUUGUCUUUGCCAUCGUCACUGCCAUGAUCUUUCUCUGGGCUAUUCCUGUGGCUUGGACAGCUGCGCUGAGUCAACUCGAUAAUCUUAUUAGCUCAAACGAGUGGUUGUCUUUCCUAAAAGAUAACGAAGCAGUCCACAACAUCGCCAAGGCCGUUGCUGGUGUUUUGCCAGCAGUUGUCCUCGGUCUCCUGCUGGUGCUCAUCCCAAUCUUUCUGGAUUUCCUCGCUGGCUUUAGAGGCGCCAAGACGGGUGCCCAGAGAGUCGAGUUUGUGCAAAUUUUCUACUUUGCCUUUUUAUUCAUUCAAGUCUUCCUCAUCGUCUCCAUUGCUUCAUUCUUUGCGGCAUCACUGGACAAACUGCUUGACAAUGUUCAGCAGUUAAAGACAGUUUCGGAUGUUCUUGAUCUGCUGGCAUACAAUUUGCCGAGUGCGGCCAAUUACUUCUUUUCAUACAUGAUUUUGCAAGCUAUGUCAACAAGCUCCGCCACUUUGCUUCAGCUUGGCGCUCUAGUAAUGUGGUACAUUAUUGCCAGAAUUCUUGACAGCACUGCACGAAGCAAGUGGUCGCGAAACACCAACCUCCGCCAAGUCAAAUGGGGUGCAUUCUUCCCUAUUUAUACCAACUUCGCCUGUAUUGGGCUUGUCUACUGCGUCAUCGCACCACUGAUCGCUCUAUUUGCGAUCAUCACCUUUGCACUCUUGUGGUUCGCUCAGCGCUAUGCCAUGCUCUACGUUACCCGAUUUGAGCACGAUACCGGAGGCGUGCUAUAUCCUCGAGCCAUCAACCAAACCUUUACCGGCAUUUACUUCAUGGAACUCUGCAUGGCUGGUCUUUUCUUCCUUGUUGAGGAUGAAAACAAGAAGAACGUCUGCACACCCCACGGCGUUGUCAUGAUUGUUGUUCUUAUCCUUACCAUCUUGUACCAGGUUCUCCUCAACUACUCUUUUGGGCCCCUUUUCCGCUAUCUGCCCAUCACUUUUGAAGAUGAGGCAGUGCUUCGUGACCAAGCCUUCCAAAGAGCUCAAGACCAACGACUCGGUCUUCUGGAUGACGAUGAGUUGACAGAGGAGCCUGGGAAUCACAAGGACGAAAAGGGCGUAACAACCGAGAAAGGCAUCGAGAUGAGAAGGCUAGCUUCGGUCCGCCGACCUAUGAAGCAGGUUGGCACAUGGGCCAAGGACGGAGGCAACCAAAUUGCAAAGUUCACUGGCGUCAAGCAUGCUAGGGAUAAGAAUAAAAGGGCAUCUGAGUACCGAAAAAAGCAUCGGCAAAAGGAUGUUGAGGCCCAGCUUGCCAUCGGCGAGGCUCUAUUUGGCGGUAUCCACGACGAAAUCGAGGAUCUUACGCCCGACGAGAGGGAUGCCCUCGUCAGGCAUGCAUUUCAACACGAGGCACUCCGGGCCCGGCGGCCAACGGUUUGGAUCCCCCACGACGAUUUGGGCGUCAGUGAGGAUGAAAUUCGGCGCACACAGGCUUACAGUGAGCACAUCUGGAUUAGUAACGAAGGCACUGCGCUUGAUAGCAAAGUGCGGGUUGUGUACGGCCGGGCACCUCCCGAUUUCUCAGAGGUUGAUCUGAUCAACCUAUAG